AUGAGUGAGCAUGGCACAGGGGUGCUGGAGUGGUCCAGUGGAAGCCAGCGUAAGAAUUAUGAGAAGCACAGAUCACAGAGCCCUGGCCUGCAAAUACACAGUUACUCUUUGGAGCCAGUUGUCCAUGAAACAAUCAGAGUCAAUGUUACGAUGUUGAAAACCAAUGGAGAAUUUCACAAAGGACAGGUUGUUUUUAAUAUCACCUAUGUUAAUGGACAGGUAUAUCUAAAUGAUUUUCCCAUGAAAAGCGGGGUUGCCCACAUAACAUGUCAAACAGUAAUAUUGGAGAAUGGAAACCUGGAUAACUUACCAGAUCAGCAGCGCCUGGGAACCGUCAGCGUUCGCAUCAUGGUUCAUGAGUGGCCUUUGGCGUCCAGUUCUGAUUUGCAGCUUGUUGUCAUUCAGGAAGAAGUGACAGAAAUUGACGGAAAACAGGUUCAGCAGGAAGACGUAACAGAAAUAGAUAUUUUAGUGAAGGACCUGAGAGUACUUAGACAUUCAAACUACACUGUCCCUUUGAAAGAGAGCAUGCUGUAUUCCAUCCCAAGGAACAAUGACAUGUUAUUUACACUUCCCAACCUCUCAGGAAAAGAUAUUCAAGAUCCACUGCAAACUACCAGUCAGUACCUCAUCCAGCAAGUAGAAACUACAGUAGAUGAAGAGACACUACCUGGCAAGUUACCAGAGACUCCUCUUCGGAUAGAGCCUCCAUCUUCUUACAAGGUGAUGUGCCAGUGGGUGGAAGACUUGAGAAAAGGGUUGUGCAGAUUCUGGCUUCAAUCUUUACCUAUCUUCUUUAAUUUGAUGGAAGUUAUUGUAGUUGGAGUUGUUGGAGCAGCUCUUAUUCUCAAAGUCUUAAAGGUGAUUCUCCCUUCCUGUGAAAACAAAGGCAUCCUUCUCCUGGAUCAAGUCAGCUUUGUGCCUGUGAUUACCAUCAGCUUGCCUUCAGAUCUUCCAGACAGAAAAAGUAAUUUAGAUGAGAAAGCAUGUACUUAAUACUGUGUUUACUUUGGAGUUACUUUUUUUUAAAACAAAUUUUUAGUUGACCUGAAAUUUGGCACUUGAUCUUAAUACCUUGUUUGUUUCCCACUAAGAAAGCUAAGUCAGUGAAUUAAUUGGUAAAGGGACACUCAGGCCAAGGCCCAAAGCUGACUUCCCUGUGCCUCCCCGUAAACACACAGCCUUUUCAGAAGCUUCAAAAUAAAAACAGCUUUCCAUCCUGAGGGCUAACAUUGGUUUUAACUUCUGUGAAGUCACUUCUCCACACCACGACAGGAUGCUGGCUGCCUUCACGCCCACAGAUGCACCGGGGCAGCUAUCCUGAAUGGUGUGAUGAUGAAAUUCAGGUGUCCUGAAGGCUCCAGAUAGCAUUCUUCAGAAAAGGACGAAGGAGUAUCACAAACAGCAGCUGUGCCUGCAAACCUAAAUAAAGCUGCCCAACCUGCUUUCAGAUCUCUUAAGGUUGAGUGCCUUGCAAGGAAAAUAUCACUACCAAACAUUUCUGUUACUCAAGUAAUUUGACAUUUUAUAUAUGCAAAGCAAAAAUUAAAAAGGCAGAUUUGUAUUUCAAGCACUUUACACUUUUAUGGCCCCUUCCACUCAUAAAAAUUGUUAGCACUUGUAAACAAUGUGCUUUUUGUUAUCUGUGACAGCAGUACCGUGUGAAGUCUCAGAA